GCGGAAGGAGCGCUCCCUGUUGGCCAGAAGCGUUUCACCAAACUUCCGUCAUGUCAUGUAAACUCUGAGCUCUGCGGGGUUGAAAGAAAGACAGAGGAAAAUGGACAUGCCACGUCUUCCACCUCACGAUGGCUCGGUUUUGUCUGUCGUGGACAUGCACACGGGAGGCGAGCCUCUGCGUAUCAUCACCAGUGGUUACCCAGAGAUAGUUGGCGACACGGUGCUAUCCAAGCGACGCUUCGUGCGUCAGAACCUGGACCAUCUUAGAAAAGUGCUGAUGUUCGAGCCCCGGGGUCAUUAUGAUAUGUAUGGUGCCCUGUUGGUCCAAAGCGAGCUACCCGAAGCGGACCUGGGAGUCCUUUUCAUGCACAAUGAAGGGUACAGUACAAUGUGUGGACACGCAGUCAUUGCGCUUGGCCGUUACGCAGUAGAUUAUGGUCUUGUGAAAAGCCCCUGCUCUCCGGAAACACAGGUGAACAUCCACUGUCCUUGCGGAUUGGUGAAGGCCUUCGUAGAGUACUCUGAUGGGAAGACGGGAGCUGUGAGGUUUCACAGCGUCCCCGCUUUCGCUUUUGCCACAGAUGUGAAAGUCACUGUGCCUGGACACGGUGAGGUUGUAGUUGACAUCAGCUAUGGAGGGGCCUUCUAUGCUUUUGUCAGCGCUGAAAGAUUCGGGCUUGACGUCAACACCUCUAGGACAAGAGACCUGGUCGAUGCAGCUACAGCAGUGACCAAUGCUGUCAAAUCUCAGGUGGAGCUGCAACAUCCAGAGCAUAAAGAUUUGUCCUUCCUUUAUGGGACCAUCCUCACUGAUGGCAAAGACAGCUUCUCAGAAGAGCCCACCGCAAAUGUCUGUGUGUUCGCUGAUGCACAGGUUGACCGCAGUCCAACAGGGUCCGGAGUGACCGCUCGCAUCGCUCUCCAGCACCACAAGGGCCUGAUCCAGCUCGACCAGACCAGAACCUUCAAGAGUGGAGCCACAGGCUCAUUAUUCACUGGCAAAGCUGUCCAGGAAACCAGGUGUGGAGAGUUCCGCGCGGUGGUGGUGGAGGUCGGGGGUCGUGCCCACUACUCGGGAGUGGCCAGCUUCGUACAGGAGACAGGCGACAACCUCAGCCAAGGAUUCCUCCUCAGAUAGAGGCCACAACUGCUGUGUCUGUGACUUUCAUUUUGCUGGAUGAUUGGGGAAGGCUCUUCAGUAUUUAUGAGAUAAGAGGUCCGUGGUUGUUUUAGUGAGUAAAACUUUAGCUCCUAAGGCUAGACCAGUGGUUUUCAAUCUUUUUUUGAGCCAAGGUAUACCAUUUCCCAAGGACAAAAUGCCAAGGCACACCAUCAAUUAUAAAUAAUAACUGAAAAACAAACCCCAUUGACUAUAUUAACAAUGUACAGUAUCAUUCUAUAAUUUUCCAUGGCACACCAGAUCAUCUCUCACUGUUCCUCUGCACAGUGCUUGAAAAACGCGGGGCUAGAAGACCUAGCCAUGUUAAAGGGACACUGUGAGAUUUUUAGUUGUUCAUUUCCAGAAUUCAUGCUGCCCAUUCACUAAUGUUACCUUUUUCAUGAAUACUUACCACCAGCAUCAUAUUCUAAGUAUUCAUUAUGACUGGAAAAAUUGUACUUUUCAUACAUGAAAAGGGGGAUCUUCUCCAUGGUCCGCCAUUUUGGAUUUCCAAAAAUAGCCAUUUUUAGCUGCAAAAAUGACUGUACUUGGACCAUACUAGAAAAUAUGUGUUUAUUACUUAGCAACCUUUCAUGUAAAGAUCAAAUUUGGCAAUAGGCAGCCCAGUUUUAAUGAGCAGCGUAGUUGCAGUACCUUUUUUGACCAUUUCCUGAACAGUGUACCUUUAAUAAUGACGAUUUUCUCAAAGUGAAAUCCACCAUCUACGGAGAUUGUGUUGAGGUGAUCUCACGCCAAACCACGGAGAAGGUCCUUUGUGAAUAGUGAAGAGCCCACACUAACCAUCCAGCAAAAAUAUCACCACCUGCCUGCCCUUGACCUUCUCUGUCCCAAUGCCAAUGAAUUGGACUUUGGGGGUACAUGAAGUACAUGCCAUACUAAUUACUGGUGGGGAAACUGAUUGUUUAAGAAGCUAAAUAUGGGAACAUCACAGAAACAUUCAUCAAUAACUUGUUGUGAAUCAGACACUUGUCGAAGUUGUUUAAAAUAUUCACUUCACAAGACCAAGUUGGCAAUAUAGUCCAAAUGUAAAGCCUACACUAAAAAAAUCUUGGAUCAGUUAACAACUUCAUUCUAGACAUUUAAUAGUAACGUACAUGUUGACGCCAUCUGUUUUUUUUCUGGUUCAUCUUUGUCACCUUUGUUGGUCAUUGUUUUUUUUGUAAUGCGUUACUGUACUGUACUCUUACUGUGCUGUACUAUUAUAGGCCAAGUGUGAAGGGCAGACAUUUGUCAAAGAGAAGUAAUCCAAGUAAAGGAAGUAGUGGAGAGAUCCCUUUAUAAAUGCCAUGGUUAAGCUACUCUAUUGUAAACUGACAAAAUCAAGAAUUUAUCCAGAACUCAGUUUUCUUAGUCAUAUAUGCUUGUCUGUUUGUUUGUAUUAUCUUCAAAGUUAUAAACUUAAACUGACAUAAUAAAGAGCUGAAUGCUGAA